AUGGCUGCCAACGAGGAAGAUUUCACGCCUUAUGACCCUGUGCGGUGUGCACACUACGCCAGGUUUGCUGCUCACUUAGACAGGUGGCAAUUUGACCUGUUGUACUGGCUUCUGUUUGUCUUCAACCUUUUUAUCCUGUUCUUGGCAGCAUGGAAUUACACUCGGACAUUGGACGCUGUGAGCGAACUUCCCGAGACGGAUGCAAAACGAAAAAAGGCAAUCAAACGCUGCAUCUACUUCAACCUAUUCUGCGUGUGUGUGUCGCUGGCUACAGUCAUCAUGGAGGUCUUCACUCUUAUGGCAUUGCAAUUCUGCGAUGGCGAGGAUCUCAUGUCGCUUUACUGGUCGACCUUUACCAUGAUUCAGGUCGGAUCUCUCAUUGCUGUGUGCGGCGUCAUUCUAGCUCUCGUGCAUCAACUGAGACAGCGGAAGCACCCGCCCUGGGCUCUUGCUCUCGGCACACCCGUUCUGGUCAUCGCGGGCUUGUUCCACUACUUCCACAUGUGCAUGGCACAAAGAGUGAAGAAGGCGACAUCGAGGAAGAGGAAGAACAGCGACGCCGGAACGCUCCCAAUGAGCCAAGUAAACACCAUUCAAGUCGAGUCCUCGGACGAGGAGGAUGGCAUCCAGGGAGCCGAGAUUAUCGGGCUUACAAUGGACGGCGGCCCAAUUAUCCACUUCAAAGAUGCGGUGCCCUACAACCUGCCGGACUCGAGCGAAAUUAUCGGGCGCUGUGAGAACGACAAACCCAUUGUCAUCUGCCGCCGCGACGGCUUCCAGCUGAUCUACAAUGGCCAGGACGAGCGGACGCCAUCCCCCAACCCGGCAACCAAGAGGACGGGUUGA